AUGACUCGUAUUCGAGAAUAUGAAAAUAGUGAUCUGAACCGCGCAAAAGAGUUUUAUAUAAAUAUGGAAAAUGAAAAAAGGCAAGAAAGAAUAAUCCGAUAUUUGAAAAAGAAGAGAGCGGUGAGGCAGAGUUGGCAAUUGGGUAUAAUGGGACUAGUUGGACUACAGCUAAUGAGAAGAACAAGUUGGAGUACAAUGUUUAUAGAGAUGACGAUAUGGACGACAAGCAUAGGUCUUAUUUGGUAUUUACAUAUUCGUGAUGAAUAUAGAAAGGAGAUAAAGAAACAAGCGGAUGAAAUGGUUGAUGCUUUAAAAAGUAAAGAAAGUCAUUGCUGGAUCAUGGAAAAUGGUAAAGAUAUUGUGGGAACAGUGAUAUUAAAAUGUGAUCAAAGAGAAGGCAAGAUUGGAUAUCUGACAGGUGUAAACUCGGAGAUCAGACGCAGCCUAGUUAAAAAUGCAAUUCAAUUUGCUAAAUCAAAUAAAAUUGAGGUGAUAAGUAAAUGGGAUGAAUCAACUAAAUGGACAUCGGAUAAUAAUCAUCUAUAA